GUUCUUCCUUCAAGCUGUAGCUUACGCCGCCCAGACCCACCCUCAGCGGCAGCUAUUGAUUGGGCAGCUUGAAUGCCAGUCAAAUUUCUCAACUCUGUGGGUUGCUGGGUCUCCUCGUCCCUCCCUGAAGCGGUUGCUGCCCGCUACCUAGAAGGAUAUGCGCUUGCGCAUUAGAGAGAUCACUGUCCGCUCUUCCUAUUGGUUCGUUUUUGGAGCUCGGAGAAUACGAAAUAUCCAGCCAAUAGGGACAGAGAUUCCGGAGCUGGGUUUGUGUGCCUCCGCUGAGGUGAUCUGUCGCAGAGCGGAGGAGGUGCUUUGGCGCUUCUCAGGCUCCUCCUCUCCCCUUGCGGCCUUUCUAACGUUGGCCCUGGUCUUGUGGCCUCCCGCAGAAUGUGGAUGACGCCCAAAAGAAGCAAGAUGGAAGUCGAUGAGGCUCUAGUUUUCCGGCCCGAGUGGACCCAGCGUUAUUUGGUGGUGGAGCCUCCGGAGGGCGACGGGGCCCUGUGCCUGGUCUGUCGCCGCCUCAUCGUAGCUACCCGCGAACGCGACGUCAGGCGCCACUACGAGGCUGAGCACGAAUACUACGAGCGGUAUGUGGCAGACGGCGAGCGCGCGGCCCUGGUGGAGCGUCUGCGUCAGGGCGACUUGCCCGUGGCCUCGCUCACUCCUGAAGAGAGAGCUGCUCGUGCAGGCCUCGGGCUCUGCCGCCUCUUGGCCUUGAAGGGUCGCGGCUGGGGUGAGGGGGACUUUGUAUACCAGUGUAUGGAGGUAUUGCUGAGAGAGGUACUGCCCGAGCAUGUAAGCGUCUUGCAAGGCAUUGACUUAUCUCCAGAGAUCACAAGGCAGAGGAUCCUGAGCAUUGACGAGAAUCUACGCAGCCAGCUUUUUAACCGAGCCAGGGACUUUAAAGCCUAUUCUCUUGCCUUGGACGACCAGGCUUUUGUGGCCUAUGAGAACUACCUCCUGGUCUUUAUCCGCGGGGUAGGCCCUGAGCUGGAGGUGCAAGAAGAUCUUCUGACCAUAAUCAACCUGACUCAUCAUUUCAGUGUUGGUGCGCUCAUGUCGGCAAUCCUAGAGGCCCUGCAGACAGCAGGGCUUAGCUUGCAGAGAAUGGUUGGACUGACUACGACCCAUACUUUGAGGAUGAUUGGUGAGAACUCAGGACUCGUCUCAUACAUGAGAGAAAAGGCUGUAAGCCCCAACUGUUGGAAUGUGAUUCAUUAUUCAGGAUUUCUUCACUUGGAACUGUUGAGCUCCUAUGAUGUAGAUGUUAAUCAGAUCAUAAAUACCAUAUCCGAAUGGAUAGUUUUGAUUAAGACCAGAGGCGUUAGGCGACCUGAAUUUCAGACUUUACUAACUGAAUCUGAAUCAGAGCAUGGCGAAAGGGUUAAUGGACGAUGUCUGAACAAUUGGCUUAGGAGAGGGAAAACUUUAAAACUAAUAUUCUCUCUAAGAAAAGAACUGGAAGCUUUCUUGGUUUCAGUAGGGGCAACAACAGUCCACUUCUCAGACAAACAAUGGCUUUGUGACUUUGGCUUCUUGGUAGACAUUAUGGAACACCUUCGAGAACUCAGUGAAGAAUUAGGAGUUAGUAAAGUCUUUGCUGCUGCUGCCUUUGACCAUAUUUGUACUUUCGAAGUUAAGCUGAAUUUAUUUCAAAGACAUAUUGAGGAAAAAAAUCUAACAGACUUUCCUGCCCUCAGAGAAGUUGUUGAUGAGCUAAAACAGCAAAAUAAGGAAGAUCAAAAAAUAUUUGAUCCUGAUAGGUAUCAAAUGGUGAUCUGUCGUCUACAAAAAGAAUUUGAGAGGCAUUUUAAGGACCUCAGGUUCAUUAAAAAGGACUUAGAACUUUUUUCAAAUCCAUUUAACUUUAAACCUGAAUAUGCACCUAUUUCAGUGAGGGUGGAGCUGACAAAACUUCAGGCAAACACUAAUCUUUGGAAUGAAUACAGAAUCAAAGACUUGGGGCAGUUUUAUGCUGGAUUGUCUGCUGAAUCUUACCCAAUUAUCAAAGGGGUUGCCUGUAAGGUCGCAUCCUUGUUUGAUAGUAACCAAAUCUGCGAAAAGGCUUUUUCAUAUUUGACACGAAACCAACACACUUUGAGUCAGCCGUUGACAGAUGAGCAUCUCCAAGCCCUGUUUCGGGUUGCCACAACUGAAAUGGAGCCGGGUUGGGAUGAUCUUGUGAGAGAAAGAAAUGAAUCUAAUCCAUAAGACUUUAAUUCUACAAGAAUUUAAUUCUAAAAGCAAAAAUCGGUUUGCGUUUUCAAGUUUACUAAUUUGGAUUGUGAGAAAGUACCAAGUACCAGCCGUCCAAACUGAUCACAAUUAAAAUUCUGACAGUUGCCUUUUUUUUUCAUCUCAAAUGGCAGCAUGGGACUGAAACAUGAGAAUGCCACCUUUUUUAAAACUUAGUUUAAUGACAAAGUCGUUGUCUUUUAUGAUAUAGUUAAUUUUAAAGAGAUUUAGUAUUAAUGUGAGUUGAAUUUGCGGUCUGUUUUUUAGGUGUUCUGAAGAUAUAUGCCAAAAAUUUCAGCUCUUGUUUUAAUGGAGUGUUAAAAUUCUGAUUCAUAUAGUCUUAAAUUAUCAACUCUUUAAAUGUGCUUUUGAACCAAUUUGCAGAAACUCACAUAGCAAGUUCAUAAGUUUCCGAAAAGGAAGAUGAUACAUACAGUGGAGGUGUUUUGUAACUAUCAAAAUGUUUGAGACUCUUUUUUAAACAUUUCUGAGUCCGAAGGUAAUACUGACAAAUUUCUUCCCUCUUCCCUCCCCAUCACCCACCUCAGUGAUACUGACAUUACUGAUAGAGGAAGUCAUUAGAAUCAUUUUUAAGUUGCUGAUAUAGGAGAUUUCCUGCAAUUUGGAGAUAAGACUAAUUAUUGGGGGUUUUCCUUGGAUUUUUUUUUAUAACUAGGGGCUAUUUUAUCAGCUUGCCUAUUAAAGGACUAUGGUAAGUAUAGAAUCUUAAUGGUUGCCAGUUAGUAAUUAUUUUUUUUUUUUUACUGUAGACACAAGUUUGGCCCUAUCAAAAAGGAUGAGGAAAAAAGAUUUUUGCACUCCGGGAUUAGGAGGUGUGAGAUGUUUUAGCUUUUUUGUCUUAUCUGCGUGGAUGUUGCUGCUGUAUUUAAAAAAAUCCUGCUUAAAGUAAACACUUUGUUUUAAAAUGAUACAGUAUCAGAUUUUUUUAGAUGCUAGAAAUGGAUUCUAAAAUUUGGAACUGUGGAACACGUUCUAUAUUUAAGAUAGCACACAAGUAGAAAUAUUUAAAAGCAGUCUUAUUCACAGAUUUCAAUAAUUCUGUAUUUCCAUUAAGAUAAUCUGCUUUGUGCCAAAACGGUAGUUUCUAAACCUCUGUUAACCGUGAAAAGGCAAUCUUAAAGUUUGCUAUGUAAAACUAAUUAUAAACAGGACCCAACUUAUAUUCAUAGAUCCUCUCAAGUAUUAUACAGUUUAAAAAUUAUUGUUCCAAAGUCCUGUCUUAACUAUUGAAACACCUUCCAGCAAAUUCAAGGAACCAGGCUACAACUAAGAAUUUAGAUGGAAUUGAUGUCUGGGCAAUUAAAAUAAAUGCCAUAAGAGCCUGAAAACCAAAGUUGUGCCAGUGGCUUUCAAAUAGAGGCAGUAACCUGUCCUUCCAGAGGAUGCUGAGAAAUGUGUAGGGGCACUUUUUUGGUUGUCAUAUUUACUCGGGGCUUCUGUUGGCAUUUAAGGCUAAAGACACUCAUGCCCUUCAGUGCAUGGGACAGCCUGGCACAAUGAAGAAUUAUCCCUCCCAAAAUGUAGAUUAUUUCAAGGGAUAGGGCACUUUACCAUUAGAAGCAAAAUUAAAAGUGCAAGGUGGACAAACUGACAGAAUACUACAUAGGAGAGACUAAUUCCAACCUUCUAAAUUUGGCUGGUAAAGUACAAUAAAGGCAUUGAUAAGUUCUGUUAGCUCACAGUAGCACCUGUAAAUUGGGAAUUAAUAAUUGAAUCAGAUUUAAGGGCUCUGUCCUGUUAUACAUAUUUAAGGCAGAAAAAAAUUGUAUAUCGAUUAGGUACUUAUCAAGAAUGAUCAAGCUGAGAUUUUGGUUAAUGGAGUAAGCUUACAUAUCUAGAAAAAAAACAUAGUGGGAAAACGGAAAAAAAAAAAAAAAUUUGCAGGUAAUUUCCCACGGCAGAGCUUUAUUACUUGAGAGAAAGAUUGGAAGACCUGAAAGCCACUUCCGCUUUCUAACACCAGUUCCUUAAAUAUUGAAAUCUUGUACAUUUUGUGAAAUUCUACUAUGUUUUGCUUAAGGUGUUAAUAAAAUUAGUUUGUAUCGUAUAGUCAUUGAGUGAGGGGGAGAUAUAAGCCAAGGAUUUUAAAUUGACCCUUAGCUAUAGAGAAUUUGCUAUAAGCUAGUCUUGUUUGUAGAAAAAAAAAAGUGUAUUUUCGUGUUUUCUGUAUUAAGUAAUUCUGUAACUGCAUGGCAGUUUUGUUUUUGUUUUUGUUUUUAUAAAUACAGUUGUUACUGG